CAGAGGAACAUCAGAACAGACAGCUUCUCCGACACCCAGCUGUCGGACGCUGCUUCAUUUCACCACACACCAGCUCUGGGUGCAAACUCAGAAGGGGUGUUUGGGAAAUUGAAAGGCGUCCUAACAGGGCCAACAAGGACUCCAUCAUCAGAGAGCUCCAAGAAUGGGAAAAUCAGAGAGCCAAAUGGAUAUCAUGGAGAAAAGCACUAAACCGAGGAAGCAUCGCUGGACUGUGGUGGAGAUCGGACUGUCUGUCAUUGUUCUUCUGAUGAGCUGCGCUCUGGCUGGACUCAUAGUGCUCUACACUUCAGCUCUGAGAGAGCGUUUUAACAUAAAUGAUUCUUCAAAAGGGCUGAAAUAUCGAUCAAAAGCUGACAGCAAUGUCUGUACAAGCCCACAGUGUGUCACUGCCGCGGCCCGACUGCUCCAGAACAUGGACCCCAGCGUGGAGCCGUGCCAGAACUUCUAUCAGUACGCAUGCGGAGGCUGGAUCGAGCGGCAUGUCAUUCCCGAAACCAGCUCGCUCCACAGUGUAUUCAAUAUCCUGAGAGACGAGCUGGAGAUUGUGCUCAAGGGAGUUCUGGAGAUGGAAAGUAAGGAUGAUAGAGAGGCCUUCAAGAAAGCCAAAACGCUGUACAGCUCAUGCAUGAACGAGAUUCUGAUAGAGCAGCGUGACUCGCAGCCUCUUCUCAGGCUCAUUGACAGUAUUGGCGACUGGCCCGUGGCCUCUGAGGUCUGGAACGGCACAUCAGAGCAAGCGUGGAGCCUGGAGGACACACUGGCUGUUCUGAAUGCGCGUUACAAUAAGAAGGCCGUGCUUGAGAUGUUUGUGUGGCCAGAUGAUCGCGACUCCAGCCGCUACAUUAUCCAUGUUGACCAACCAGCACUAGGAAUGCCUUCAAGAGAUUAUUACCUCAGCGAUGGGAAUUAUAAGAAGGUGCGCGAGGCCUACCUGGAGUUCAUGGUUUCCAUGGCGAGGAUCGCACGAGAAGACAGGAACUUGACCCAGGAUGAAGAGCGCGUGUGGGAGGACAUGACUCAGGUGUUGGAGCUGGAGACAGACAUCGCUAACGCUACCUCACCUGCAGAAGAACGCAAUGACAUCACCGUGCUUUACAACAAAAUGACACUGAGAGAAGUGCAGCAAGCUUUCAACCUCAAUGGCUUUAAUUGGACGCGCUACAUCCAGGGUAUCAUGUCCAGCGUGUCAGUUGCGGUGCAACCCGAAGAACCCAUUGUUGUGUACUGCUCACCUUACCUGGAGAAGCUCCGGGAUGUUCUUUCCAAGCAUAGCCACAGGACUCUGCAGAACUAUCUGGCAUGGAUGCUCAUCAUGGAGAGGGUCAGCAGUAUGAGCCGUCGCUUCAAAGACGUGAGAGCGCACUACAGAAAGGCUUUGCAUGGCACUACAGUAGAGGAGGCGAGGUGGAGAGACUGUGUCCGUUACGUCCAGGGCAACAUGGAGAAUGCCGUCGGGGCCCUGUAUGUCCGGGAAACCUUCUCUGGAAACAGCAAACGCAUGGUGGGUGAACUGAUCAAAAAGAUUCAGGAAGCUUAUGUGGAAACAUUGGAAGAAUUGAGCUGGAUGGAUGAACAAUCCAAGGAGAAGGCCAGAGAGAAGGCAAUGGCGAUAUCGGAACAAAUCGGUUAUCCCGACCACAUCCUUGAGGAGGAAAAUAAGAAACUGGACGAGGAAUACAAACACCUUAAUUUCAGCGAGGAGAACUACUUUGAGAACAUUCUGGAAAACCUGGCAGCAUCAGCCCAGAAAGGUCAUAAAAAGCUGAGGGAGCCCGUGGAUCCUGACAUGUGGAUUAUUGGUGCAGCUGUGGUCAACGCGUUCUACUCGCACAACAGAAACCAGAUUGUGUUUCCUGCUGGCAUCCUCCAGCCUCCGUUCUUCAGUGAAAAACAGCUGCAAGCUCUAAACUUCGGUGGAAUUGGGAUGGUUAUAGGACAUGAAAUCACUCAUGGAUUUGAUGAUCACGGCCGGAAUUUCGACAAGGAUGGGAACAUGAACAAUUGGUGGAGCAACUACUCUGCUGAGCAGUUUGAGGAUCAAUCUAAAUGCAUGGUGGAACAGUACGGCAAAUUCAGCUGGAAACUUGCAGGAGGCCAAAAUCUCAGUGGCAUCACAACACUAGGAGAGAAUAUUGCUGAUAACGGUGGAGUACGCCAAGCAUAUAAGGCGUAUAUAAAGUGGGUGGAGAGGGAGGGCGAGGAGCCCCAUCUUCCCGGACUGGAUAUGGAUCACAAACAGCUCUUCUUUCUGAACUUUGCCCAGGUCUGGUGUGGUGCCUGUCGCCCUGAGUAUGCCAUUCAGUCGAUCAAAACAGACCCACACAGCCCUCUGGAAUACAGGGUUCUAGGUUCCCUUCAGAACUUUGAGGCUUUUUCCGAAGCAUUUCAUUGUGCACGAGGAACUCCCAUGAACCCCGAAGAGAAAUGUCGAGUUUGGUAACCACUUCAGAGUUGCGGGAAUCUGUGUAUAUUUUACAAACAAGGCAGCAGUUAGGAGAGCUUGGAGAAUAUUAUAUUGUGCUGUUAUUCUGCAGUGGCAGCUGCCUGUCUGUUAGUCUGAUGUGACAGACACGAUCAAGGUGUUAGACACCUACAUGUGUGACUGCAUAGAUGUCUACUGUGAACUUUCAAAAGCGCACAUAUAACCAACAAGUUCAGGCGUCGUGAACGUGCACAGUGAGGGUGUUGUUUUUCUGAAAAAGAGGCAUGCUUUUUCAUCGUCUGUUUAUGAGACUUUUAAGCAAGAUUUCGUCCUGUUUGCCUGUUUCUGUUGACACAUUAUUAGUUUUGGCACCGAAAAAUACAUGUAAACGUAAUAGUUUCAUUGUAACGAGAGGGCUUAUUGACAUCAGAUUAUUUUUCCAGAUUAUGUAAACGGAUAAAUCCCUCAGUUGGCUUUUGAUUCUGUCGGCUCUCCAAGAAGAUAUCCGUUGUGCUUGAGCGAGCCCAAAAUUAGCCAACAACUGGAGGCUUGGAAGCCGAACGAGAUUGUGGUUUGAAUAGAACCCAGUCAAGGCAUCAUGUUUCGUUUCAUAAUAAGCAGCCUUGAAAUAUUUUGAUUAUUGUAUAAGAUUUUUUUUCUAAAGCAUGCAGUGGUAAAAGGCAAAAGCGAGAGUCCUAUUGAGCGCUGUUUUCCCCAAAAAAAUCCUAAUGUAUGUUCUAGCUACACUACGUUUCACAGGAGAAUAUCUAUUUCUUUGAAAGCGAGGGCUUAACGUUACGUAAACGGGCCUGUGUUGACAAUUACCUGACAACCUUAAGACUGUUAAAACCAUAUCGCUUCAAGCUUUAUGUGUUUUUGUCCAUAAAUAGAUCCUAUUCAUGUCUGCCUUGCAAUUACACUACAGACUUCUGUUAAAGCCAGCAGAUAAUGGCAGGAAGCCGCUGCAAUACUGGAACAAAAUAGUUACAACAGGUCAACGAGAACUCAAGACUGUAUAUUUGUUUCAUACAAGCUGUUCGUUCUGCCAGGGAGCACUUCUGUACGUUUCUAUUGUUAACACUUACCUAUGGAUGUUUUGGCAUGUUUAGGGGCAAGAAUCAGAUCCAGAGAGACAUUGAGGGGUCUUCAACAGUUCAGUCCUCCUGGUUUGGGUUUCUUUCAGCUUUCUUUUUGCAGCAUUAACUUCUGCAAAUAAACAUAGAGAAAUUGUGUUUUUUACUUUACAGCCAUUUGAUAAUUGGUGGAAAUGUUCAUGUCACAUAACUCUGCUUGAAAAAACAAACAAAAAACAAAUUGUCAAGUGGUCAAGUUGGAAAUUCCCAGUAAAUUUCACAAUUUAUUCCUGUGAUCAAAGCUGAAUUUUCAGCAUCAUUACUCCAGUCUUCAGUCACAUGAUCCUUCAGAAAUCAUUAUAAUUUGCUGCUCAAGAAACAUUUCUGAUUAUCCAUGACGAAAACAGUUUCACAUUUUUGUGGAAACCGUGAUAUGUUUCAAGAAACGGCAAGUAACAUUAAAUUAAACAUGACAUUUUUGAAAUAGUAUUUUCUUGUAAAGCAUAUACUCUAAUAAUCUUCAUUUUAUUUACAACAUUGAAAAAUAAGUUGCUGCAAUGUAAAAAAUUAUUUUCAUGUUUUAUCACAACAUUUUUUCUUUUGUCAAAUCAACUUCGAUAAUUAUUGUGGUUCAGAUAACAUCAUAUUUCAAGUUUCUGUUGAUUAAACCAAUCGCCUUCAUUGUAUUAACUCAAUUUUUUAAUUUCACUGAACUCAAAAUUUUAAGGCAACCAGGUAACUUACUAAGUUAAACCAACGAUUAUUUUUUACAGUGUGGUUGACCAACUCUAACCAGCUUGGUCUACCAGGGGCCGGUUGCAUAAACUGCUAAGACUAGUCUUAAAAGUUAGACAUCACAUUUUUUUCCCUAAGACUGUUUGUAUCUUUUUUAAGUCAGUUACAUAAAAACAUAGAUUAGUCUAAUUUGGUACAGAAAAGUAAGACUGAUUACCCCUAACUAACUGCUAGUUGUUCGUACUAGUUCUUAUGACACAGUCUUAACGUAAUGGCUAUGAUUAUGCAAUUGGCCCUAGGUCAAAUUCUAGCUGAUGAACCAUCUAAACUAGCCUGGACCAACUAUAAAAACUGGAUUUUCCAGGAGGGAAUAUAUAAUUUUAUACAUAAAAGGUGCCAUGUAACACCUUUACCCUUAACAGACAGGAGGAAUCAUUAAGCAAAGGUCUCACUUAAGGAUCUGUAAGCCAGUGGGUUUGUGAUUUUAGAGAAGUAGGCAAAGUUAUAUUGAUCUGAGACGCAGGCUAAUGGGGCAGCAGGGGUUCAUGUGUUAGCUGGAGUGAAGCGGACGAGGCCACAGCCAGCAGUUGUCUCUCAAAUGGACACUUUUGGGAGGCAGCCCCCUCAUUAGAGAUCCGGUCAAGGCCGGUGACUGUUAUUUUCUGUCCUGAUUAAGCCGUAAUGACAGCAGAACUAAAGAGCCGAGCAGAACGCAUGGAAAAUGAUAGAAUGGAAAAGAUCAAACGGACGUCAAGGCGGCCACUGCAGGAAAAAUUGUCGAGUUCUUGGAAAGCUUAGCAGAGUCGAUAUUGGGUUGCCUUGGGUUAUUGAUUAUGACUGUUAUCUCUCACGACAGAGACUUUGAUCAUUUGAAUGUUCAUAUCUGCCUUCAUUGCUAGCCAAUCUAAACCUCGACACCACUGUAAUGGCAUGUACUGUUUGAUGCACGGGAGACGAGCGAUAUAUUGAACGCAAGCAACUUUAGAACAAAUUAAAUACGAAAACUUUGGAUUCUGUUAGCGUCGGAACGGGUGUUACGGUGAUGAAAUGCCAAAUAAAACAUAAUCCCUGAAUUAUUAGUGCAUGCAUUUUCCAAUGCAAGACCUGCCAGACAAUAACUGCCUUUUAAUAAAACAUUGAAAUUGGAUUUCGAAGGAUUUGAGCAUUUAAAAGUGCUGGAUAGAAUCCGAUCUGGUUUAGAAACAAUAGUAGACCCAAUAAUGCACAUACACUAUAGCUAUAUGAAGUACAAAGAGAAAUGUGCAGCAUUUUAAUGUCUCAAUAUGGUCAGGGAAGAGAAUGUGCAUAUUGGUUUUAUGUACAGUAUUUAACAAUGUUUGGGUUGAUUUACUUGCCAAUCACGCCAAUGCUAUCAAGGUGCAUUAUGGCAAAAAUAUGUUACAUAUGCAUACACAACAUUAUCAAUUCCCUGACUGCACGCAUUCAUCACCCAGACACCCAUUUGUGCAGUUUUUUCUGGCCUUGAGGCUUUUAAUAUUAUGACUAUUGAGAACAAAUCAAAUGAGGUGUGAUGUGAACUACCUGUUCUUUAUACCGCAUUAAAGAGCAACAACUCUGUGCCAAGGAUUGCUGAUGUGCUUUUGAGAAAAUCGCAUUUUAAAACAGCUAUUUUGUAUCUCGUGGAAUACAAAAUCACCCUCUGUGAUUGUUUAUAUGACUGCCUUGAAGAAACCUGAAGUGAAGGAAAAAUAACUACAUAUUAUCUAUAAAAUACUUUGCCAAGUGUGAAUUGUAAAAUAUCAUUUGUGUGCAUUUUAGUGUCGUUGGUUCUGAAGGUGUUUAAUUAGAAAUAAGCUUAUGAUGACUAAAUAUUAAGUCAGGAAUUAUGUUCUUUUUUCAAUGCAUUAUAUACAGAAAAUGCCAAGAACUUGUCAGACACAAGAAUGAUUCACAAUUCAGUUUUACAGAUUCUGUUUUUCUUUUCAGUUCACGGAUGAAUCUCAUGAAAACAUAUCCAGGUUACACCGCAAAAUCAAAAUGAAAAACUAUGGUUAAUUGGCAUAUAUAUAAUGGUUGAAAUAUGAUCUGGACGUGUUCUUUACAGGUUUUGUGAGAUUCACCCUCAUGUUAAGAUAUGCCACAUGACCACAGAUGCUGCUAUAUGAAUAAUUCAUCUAUGGGGCUGGUCUUGUUCUGUACAUAAACUCAUUGACUGUUGAAAGAUCUCAGUUAAUAUUUACUGACAGAAAUGCUCUUGAUAUUAUAUGGGGUCCAUGUUUGAUUGAGACCAUAUAUGUUUUAAUGACUUUCCAAGUGAAUGCUUUGUAAUUAUAUUGUUCUGCCUAUAUUGAUUGUUCAAGCAAAAAUAUAUGGCUUAAAAAUGUUAUUUAGCUACCUUAAACUUAUUGAAAUAUUGUUAUGAUAUAUAAGAGAAAAUAUGUAAGCAUCAAAAAAUAAACUUAUAUAAAGCAACAUA